GCGGUGGCAGCUGGCGCUCGGGCCAUUUAAAUGUGUGUGAGGGAGACGGUGAAAUGGCUGCGCAGGUCGCUGCAGUGCGCGCCGUGUCCCGGGGCGCGGAAGAGACGCCUUCGCUCCCACUUGGCGACCGGCCGGGCAGGCCCAGGGGAGGGGGGAGGAAGCGGAAAGGCCCGCCGGGGGAGCUCGGAGGGUGCAAGAGGGCCAAGCUGAGCCAGCAGCCGCUCGUGGUGGGGCCCGCUCAGGCGGAGCCGCCGCCGCCGCUGCCGCCGGCCGCCGUCCCCGGCCUGUCGGCGGCGCCCUCCGUAGCGUCCACGGCAGCGGGGCUCUUCACUUUCUCCCCCCUCAGCCUCCCCGCGCAGGCCCCGCGCUGCGAGCGGCGGCACCACCACCGGCACCGGCACCGCCCGGACAGCGCCGACUGCGAGCCCGGCCGCUCCUCCGGGGGGAAGCUGCACAAGGGGAGGCGGGGAAGCUCCGGCGACGGCGCCGCCGGGCGGCCCAGCAAGCGAGGUGAGCGGCGGUGGGGGGCGGGCGCCCGUCGGUCCCCCUGGGUCGAGUCUCCCUUCUGGGUCGGGGUCCUUGCCCGGCAGGUAGUCGCGCGCCCCACGCCCCUCGGUCUGUGGCGCCCCACGCCGGAGGUGAGCGACACCCCCCUGCUGCCUUUCAGCGCAUCUGCCAGGUCCGGUUCCUGGAGGCCAGAGCGGGGGAAAUGCAUCUCUGUGCGUCGCUUGGCUAUUAGAUUCUGCAUGCUGAAAUUCGCGGCGGGAUAGUGGGCCCAGUCAAAGGCAGAGGUCGCUGUAUUUGGUUCUGGCGACGGAGGGUGCCCGUUCGAGCUGCCAGGUGGGGUGGCGGAGUUUGCUUCUUAUAUACCUGUUGGAGGACUUCACCUUCGUUUGUCAGUUGGCUAGCGACAGGCUGGCUUGCUAAGGCGCGUCUGACCCUGUCAGAGUUCCUUCUUGCCUUUUAAAUGCUUGUGCUUGUCAUUCCUCAGCUGCAUUUCUUCACUACGUAUUUAAGUUAAUCUCUUGCUUUCCUCCAGAUGUUGCAUAGUGAUAUGUUUAGUUAGUUGCCCGUUUUGUUAAAGGUUAAAGGGUGAGCUAAAGUUCAUUCUCUCUUGACACUGUCUUAUCUGUCUUAUCUUUAUGCUUGCUCCUGAUUUCAAUUAUGUAGUAGGAUAGUAGCAGUGGGAUUGCUCUAUGCAGUGUGCUUCUUGAAACAUCAGUCUUGUGGAAAUAGAACUUAAACAAAGAUAAAAGUGAACUUUUUAAAAAGAGCAAGUGUGGUGUAAUGGUUAGAGUGUUGGACUAUGAUCUGGGAGACCAGGGUUUGAAUCCCACUCAGCCAUGAAGCUCACUGGGUGACCUUGGGCUGAUCAUCAUCUCUUAGCCUAAGCUACCUCACAGGGUUAGGAGGAUGAAAUGGGGGGAUGAGAACCAUGUACACCACAUUGAGCUCUUUGGAAGAAAAGCUGGUAUGUAAACACACACACAUUUAAGAAACAUGGUUCUUAAGAGGACUGAACACUCAUUAACCCAAGAAGUCCAACAAGUACAUAUGUUGGUACAAAAUGGCUGUUUUUAGACUAGUGUUAGUGGGGUAGGUGUCCAGAACAUAAUAUUGCAAUAUUAUUUUUACACUUACAAAAAGUUUUGAUCUGAACAUUUUGUUUUUGAUUCAUUGAACAGUUUUUUUAGUUUUGCAACUUUUUAAAAAGUCAGUAGCUAAAUUGUUUAAUUAGGGAUGCUGCAUAUUAAAGUCUGACAUGCUUGUUGGGAGCAUAAACAUGUUAUUGUGCAGACUUCUGAAACUUUCAUGUGAGCAUACCUGAGUCUUUUGGAAUGCUUAAAGUGUAUAUAUUUAAUGUCUCUAACUCUUACAAUAUUUUUCAUUUUAAAAAAGAGAUGAGUGGGUUUUUUAACUGCCCUGCUUCUAGAUAGCUUGCCCUCUUUUAGACAGUUGGCUAUUCUUCAGAAGUCUGUGGUACUAACAGUUGCAUAUCUAGUUUUGGAAUUGCUUUAGUAGAAACUUUUGAUCUCUUCAGUACAUGUGAUCUGCUUGUGACAUGUUUGUGAGUAUCUCUGAAAAAUCCCUGCGUAUCUAAUAGAAUAGUGGGGCCUAAUGCUAGUAGUACAAUUCUAGCGACUGAAGGUAGCCAUGGUGCUGUAUCACUUUAGGCAGAAUUUGUUUAAUACUCCUAUACAUGUUUACUCAGAUGUAUGAUCCAGUUGUUCAGUAGGAUUUACUUUUGUGCUUAGUAUUGCAGUCUAAGGAUAGCUACCAAAUCUCAAACAGAAACUUGAGAUUUCUAGUUUGGAAUACAGUGUGGUAGUUAAUAACCAUAUUAUGACACUAAUGACAUAUUGAUAAAUGAAACAAUAGCAGACCUAUUAUUAUAGGACACUAUAGUAUUGUAUUGUAGUGUAGUGUAAUGUAAUGAUGACUUUUAACCUAGCCAGUUGUCAGCUAUGCUGUGACAUUUAUUAUAGACAUGGAGACAAAAACCUUCUUUGUUCUUUUUCCUUGCUAAUAAAGCAACACCAUAUUUAAGCAUAUAAGAUUUGGAUAAAUGAACACAUGAACAGUAAGUCUGUUAAAUAUCACGAUGGCAGAAGAUCCAUCUCACUUGAUGCCUAUCAGUGCUGGUAUCAAGAAAAUUUAUUGUAGGCCUGUUCUUCAGGAGAAUAUUUGAAUGACCAAGAUUCUUGGUAUGUUAAGAACAUAUUAUGAAGAGGAUUUUGAAACUUGAAACACUUGUGUACAGUGAACAGUUAAAGAAAGUCAGUACUAAUGUAAGGUAAGGCUCUUUCCAUUUAUUUUUCCUGUAGUGAACAGGAUAUAAUCCACAAAUUUUGCUUGCUGUAUACUAGACUGAGAAUAUUUUAAUUAUUGCUCUCCUGUGAUUUAUUUAGUAGGACAAACCAAUGUGGAAUAACAUCAGUAGUGAAAUCCCACUUGUGGCUUGCAAGUAGUAUUUGGGUAACUGUAUAAGUGCACGAUUAGACCUCUUAGUUUAUGUGUCAGAAGUAGGGGGGGGGAUGAAAUUCAUCACAUUAGUUCAUUAGAACACUGCUUAAUAUGUUUAGAAUUACCUUUCAGUGAAAAAUUAGAAUCCCUCAUAUUCACUGUGGUUAGAAUGCACUUACUAUGAAAAAGAAGCAUUGUAAUGCCUACUGAACUUAGUUGAAACUGUUAUUCAGAGGACACUCUUCAGUGAAAAAGAGACAGAAGAGCCUAAUAUUUUGCUCUAUUGAUGUGUGUUACUUAGGCCUUUGGCUGAAGAAAAACACUUCCACUUCCUUGAUGACAGAGUUAUAUAAUAAGACCUUUUUAUUUUUGUACCAUCACUUUGAAUGCUACACACAGUCUCGCCUUUGUUUGCUAAAGAUUUUUAAAGCACAGGCUCUUUUCAUGCAAAGGUAAUUGAGCUGUAGUAGGGCUACCUUGUCCUAGUUCUGCAUUUACUGAUAAUUAUGGCUCAUUCUAUAAUACAUGGCAGCAAGCCCAAGUUGGGUGUCAUGUACAUUCAACAGUCCUGGCUCUUGUGUGUACCUGCAUAACACACUACUUUUUAUAUAACCACUCAGAAACGCUUGUGGCCAAUCGUAAGAAUGACAAGAACUGGAUUAUACCAGAGGUGCAGAUAGUUUCUCAUCUGAGAAGGCUAAGAAGCAGCUGUUCCUGAGCGAACAGCAGAUGAAGUAGCUGGGUGCCAGAAAUAAUAGUGAUUUCAUGGCAGUACAUAAGCCUUCCAAACCAAUAGCUAUAGUUAAAGAACAUGGAAAAAGUGCUGUCAACUUCACUAGUGCAAUCUUCUGUUACCUCAAAGACCAGAAUAUCCCCUGAUGCAGGGUUUUCAAUAUUUACAUGCAGCUGCUGGGAGAGAUCAUCAGGAGGUUUGGGUUGGGUGUUCAUCAGUAUGCAGAUGAUACCCAGCUCUACCUCUCUUUUAAAUCAGAACCAGUGAAGGCGGUGAAGGUCCUGUGUGAGUGUCUGGAGGCGGUUGGAGGAUGGAUGGUGGCUAACAGAUUGAGGUUGAAUCCUGACAAGACAGAAGUACUGUUUUUGGGCGACAGGAGGCGAGCAGGUGUGGAGGAUUCCCUGGUCCUGAAUGGGGUAACUGUGCCCCUGAAGGACCAGGUGCGCAGCCUGGGAGUCAUUUUGGACUUACAGCUGUCCAUGGAGGCACAGGUCAAAUCUGUGUCCAGGGCAGCUGUUUACCAGCUCCAUCUGGUACGUAGGCUGAGACCAUAUCUGCCUGCGGACUGUCUCGCCAGAGUGGUGCAUGCUCUGGUUAUCUCCCGCUUGGACUACUGCAAUGCACUCUACGUGGGGCUACCUUUGAAGGUGACUCGGAAACUACAACUAAUCCAGAAUGCGGCAGCUAGACUGGUGACUGGGGCGGCCGCCGAGACCAUAUAACACCGGUCUUGAAAGACCUACAUUGGCUCCCAGUACGUUUCCGAGCACAAUUCAAAGUGUUGGUGCUGACCUUUAAAGCCCUAAACGGCCUCGGUCCAGUAUACCUGAAGGAGUGUCUCCACCCCCAUCGUUCUGCCCGGACGCUGAGGUCCAGUGCCGAGGGCCUUCUGGCGGUUCCCUCAUUGCGAGAAGCAAAGCUACAGGGAACCAGGCAGAGGGCCUUCUCAGUAGUGGCGCCCGCCCUGUGGAACGCCCUCCCACGAGAUGUCAAAGCGAUAAACAACUACCUGACAUUCAGAAGACAUCUUAAGGCAGCCCUGUUCAGGGAAGUUUUUAACGUGUGAUAUUUUAGUGUAUUUUUGGUUUCUAUGGAAGCCGCCCAGAGUGGCUGGGGAGGCCCAGCCGGAUGGGCGGGGUAUAAAUAAUAAAUUAUUAUUAUUAUUAUUAUUAUUAUUAUUAUUAUUAUUUUAUGAAAGUACUAGUAGUUUAGUCUUCUCUAAUUUGGUGGAAAUAUAUAGUUGGAAACCUUUUUGAGAACAGAAAAACCAGGACACUUAUGUUAAGAAUCAAGAUGAAAGAUGAGUCUGUAUAGAAUCCUUUCUCAAAGAGUUUGGGGUGUGGGUGUGUACCAUUUAUUUGUGGAAUUCUAAGGUGGUGGACCUUCUUGAGAGCAGAGGGAAGAAGAGUAGGCAUGUUUCAAAACUACCUUUGCUGUUACCUGAUGCAUUACUUGCAGAUCACUUUUACACAUAGUAUGAGUCACCAGAUGACCAAUGAGCCACCAGAUAAGGUUUCUACCAUAUAGUUGCCUAGUUCUGUAUUACUAAAAUGACAGUAUAAUUUUAAAUGCAGUAAAGUGGUGAACAUAUUCCUGCCACACAUUCUUACAUGUAGUAAAAGUUCAGUAAUUUACUAAAUGGAAAGGUUUUCCUACAUGGUUGCUUGGAUGCCUGUAUUCAUGCAACUUCAUACAGUUUCCUGGAACUGGAAAAGCUUGGGCACUAUGGAAUUGGUGUCUCCAUGGAAGCCUGUACCAAGAUUAUAGUAAGUUUGUAGUCAGUUACAGGCAGUAAAGCAGUAAUGUAUCAAGCACCCCUACACCUGGCUUUUUGUGAUAUGGGGAAUAAAUAUAUACUUAUAAGAUACAUGCCAAAUAUGGCAAACUUUAGCUGUGUAUGAAAUAGCUGCCAUGAAGUUUGUAAAGAUCAAUACACUAGUGGAGCUGUAGCUCUGUGGGUAGAACAUAUGCUUUGCAUGCAAAAGGUUCCAGGUGCAAGCUCUGGCUUCUUCAAGGAGGGAAUGUUCGCUGACUAAAAACUUAAGGAGCUGCUACUAGUCAGUGUAGACAAUAUGGAGAGCUGAAUGGACCAAUAGUUUGACUUUGUGUGAGGCAGAUUCUAAUGUCCCAUAAUCCUGUGACUUCAAAUGCAAUAGACUAUGUUCUAUGGGACUAGUGAAAUCCUAGAUGUCUGGAUUUCCUAAAACAAGUAGUAACUCCUAGUAAGGUUGAAAAACGUUUCCAGUAACGUCAGAACAGUGUGUGAACACUUUUUGAAAAUGUCAGUAGUAGAGGUCUCAGUUGAAACUGGUUUACAUGUAAUGCUAAACCAUAAUGUAGUGCUACAUGAAUGAGUGACCCUGAGUGAAGCAUCAAGUUUAUGCUCACCCUCCCCUCCUGCGAGACUAGGAAGACAAUUUAUGCUAAGUUUACUUUCAGUUUUAAAUAUUGGCAUAGCAUUAUCUGCUAACAUGGCUUACUACAAACAAAUUGUUUGCCAGCUUCAAACCAUGGACAGCACAGGAAGGGGUGGAGUGUGGGCUGAAAACUGUUCAGAAACACUUCAUCCUUGUUCACAUAUUGCUAAACAUGGUUUAGUGUUAUGGUGAAUCAGUCAAUUGUUCAAUAAAGUUCCAUUUAGUUUUCUUUAAAGCAAUACUUCAUUAAUAAUACAUGACAUACGAGCAGCUAGGAUGUUUAAAAUGGGAUUUCAGUUGUGUAAGGCAUAAGGCAUCCUACUUAGAAGCAAACUCAUUUAAAUAAAUUGGACCAACUUUCAAGCAACCAUGGGAUUUCAGUUGUGUAAGGCAUAAGGCGAGACACAGGUGGCGCUGUGGUCUAAACCACAGAGGCUAGGGCUUGCCGAGCAGAAGGUAGGCAAUUUGAAUUCCCACGAUGGGGUGAGCUCCCAUUGUUUGGUCCCAGCUCCUGCUCACCUAGCAGUUUGAAAGCACGUCAAAGUGCAAGUAGAUAAAUAGGCACAGCUUCUGCGGGAAGGUAAAUGGCAUUUCCAUGCACUGCUCUGGUUCGCUAGAAGCAGCUUAGUCAUGUUGGCCAUAUGACCCAGAAGCUGUCUGCGGACAAAUGCCGGCUCCCUUGGCCUAUAGAGCGAGAUGAGCGUGCAACCCCAGAGUCGUCCGCGACUGGACCUAAUGGUCAGGGGUACCUUUACCUUUAAGGCAUAAAGCAUAUCAGAGUCCUCCAUUCUGUGCUAGCAUUGGGAGAGCCCCACCAGUGAUAUUUAAUGUGAAGUUUUCCAUUGCUGUACUUUCUAUAGAAAGCUUUCAGUUGCUAAAAAUUCAGUUUGUUAAGAUUAGUAAUGUAAGAUGGAUAUAUUUUGACACUCUAAGAAGACUCAGGCCUUUGAAAACCUUAGUGUAAUUUUAAUUUGUAUCCUGUGUAUAUCCACUGCCAUGCUGUUGUAAAUGUUUUGUUAAAAACAUUUGUAUUUUCAUUGUAUUUUUUUGUGUGAGCUGACCUUAGAGCAUUUGAAGAAGGCUGGGGUAGAAAAGUAAUAAAUAUAUACAAUGUCAGUCUGAGUAGUCUCAAAAGUGUAACUUUUUCAGGUGACUGUUUCUAGGAUGCAUGUAUAUAAUUAUGUCCACAUUCAGAUAACUCUUCAGAUGUCCUAUAAUUAGCAUGUUUUAAUUUUUAGAAAAAAAGGAAGGUAUUAAAAACAAAUUACUAUAGGUUGUAUCUAGUACUAGUGCUAAUCCUAUUUGGAGCAGACGUAUUGAAAUUAAUCGACUUUCCUAACUUAGGCCCAUUAAUUUCAGUGGGUCUACUAUGAGUAGAUCUUAGUUGGCUAUAAUAGCUCAGUUGGUAGAGCACAAGAUACUUUGUUUCUGGGUUGUGGUUUGGGCAAAAAAUUCCUGCAUUGCAGGGGGUUGGACUAGAUGACUCUCAUGGUCUCUUCCAAUGCUACAAUUCUAUGAUUUCUAUUUCACCAUUUUCCCCUCAUAGAACUCAAAGUGGUAUACAUGGGUUUCCCAUGUGGUCUUCUAUCUAGACACUGAUCAGACUCAGACAUGUGUUGCUUCAGUAUGGUAGUUGCCUCAUGUGCAGUGCUAGAAAUUCCUCAGGCACCAAGUGAGUUUUGUGACUGGUGUGGUGGUGUGGGUUCAGUUGUGACCAUGUGGAGAUCUUUGGAUGCCAGGUUGGCAACUGACAUCUCCAUUUGGCUUCACCCUCCAGCUUUCUUAAGCAGGUAAGCAGAAGGGCUUAUUUAUUGAAUUUAUAUCUCAUCUUUUUCUCCAAGGGGUACAAGGUUCACCCCCCUCCUCAGUUAAUCCCUACAAUGACCCUGUCAGCUAAGUUAAGAGGCUGUGACUGGCCCAAGGUUACUCAGUGAUCUUUAUGACCAAGUGGAGAUUUGAACCCUGAUCUCCCAGGUCCAAGUCUCAUGCUCUUACCACUACACCACACUGGCUUCCUAGAGUACUUCUGCUAUGGGGCAGCUGCAUAAAUUAGGUAGGUAAAUAAUAUGGAGAAAACAAAAUGUAACUUACAGAAUGAUCUGAAAUAUUUUCCUUGAAGUUUGAAUUUGUUUUGUUCUGGAUUGUUUUAUUUGAUUUUUUAAUGUGUUGUAAACUGCUUUGAGAUUUUUUCUUUAAAAUAUAAAGCAGAAUAGAAAUGAAAUGAAUAAAAAUAAUAAAAAUAUUCAUCUCUCCCCCCAUGGUGCCUAGACAUUCCGUUUUGUUGACUUUAACCAAGGUUUAAGGUGCCUUUUGAUGCCUAGCUUAUAUACCUUGAGUUUCUAACACUGUCAGUGAGGCUAUACAUUUAAUGGGGAUAGGUGUGUUUAUAGGUUGGAAAAGUGUUAGAUGCUUGCUUAAACCUAAGGAACAUAAUACAGCCUUAGGUUUUUUUGUUUUUAAAAUUGUUUUUGCAUUUUACAACAUUAACCAUCUCCCCAACCAAACAUGUGAGAUAGUGGAAUAAUGGGUGACCAAUGCACAUGGUUCAUGACAUUCCAGGUUUUACAAUAUAUAAAAUAAAAACCAACAGUCAUCUAUAACAGCCAAUGAAGUCUAAAUUCAUUAGGGAGUGCACAGAUACUUUUUCUUCCUAUAUGCAUAAAAAUGUAAAGCUGUCUGGAGAGAGUUAAACCACAAGCUUGGGUUUGACUGACGUGUCAAUUCAGACUGUGACGUAGUUUAGUGCAGCAGCAGAAUGAAUGACCAGUGGAGAGGAGCAAAGCAGCUACAGCCUCCUUUCCAAGGCCUGCAUAUUUGGUGGUUUGUGCUAUAGUUUAGUUUAGUGCUAUUUGUGAACCAAGCCUUGGUGCUUGGUCCUCACAGGAAUCCUGUAGUCAGACAGUAAGGGUAAUUUAUGUACUGAGCAUAAUGCCAAGACCAUUACGAACAUAGGCACACUUGUAAAUCAGCCACACAACAGCUUUGUUUGCAAAUAACUACCAUGUGAAGCUAUGGUUUGCAGUUCCCUUAUAAGCCAAUCAUUGUUUUUAAAAUACAGUAUGUUGGUGUUACGUUGGAAUCCAACAGCCUUGAUUAAGUUGCAGGGGCUUGUGGCAAGAGCUGAUGAAAAACAAACUGAAUUCUGGAGAAACAAGACAUGGCUUGUGCAUGAGAUGAUAUGUUGAACAAACCAUAGGUUGGCACUAUGUAUGAAUGCAGCCAAUAAGUCCACACACAUGGUAAUCACAGUCUGAAAUAAGUAAAAAAAGCAUUUGUUUACAUUUUUGCUGAAAAUCCUUUUUUCUAGGGAUGAUUUUGACUUGCUAUAUUCAACUGGUAGUUAACAAAUCCUAGUACUGUAAAAGCACUGGUAAAAUAGGUCAGGUUUUUUGGAAAGCUUCCUAUUGAUAACCAUUGAAGCUUACCAUCAAAGGGGAAACUUGGGGAUGAAGCAAAGCACAGAAUCUGGGUGAGAAAAUUCAGCCUACACUGUGUAGCUUCAGCAAGCUGGCAUGGCUUACUGCUGGUGAAAGGGGCCAGAGACAGUCUAAUUUGAUGAUACAUUGGUGCUGAUGUAGUUGGGAGUAGCAAAUAAGUAGAAGGUUCUGAGUCUGCAUGAGAUCCAGAAUCUCGGCAUCUCUUGUCUUAAUUGCAUGGGCCCUAGGAUAUUGCUGGGCUCCAACCUCCACCAACAAUUACCAUUGGCCUUGCUGGUGGUGUUCACAGGAGUUGGAAGCCAACAACAAUUGGACAGCUACAUGAAUACUUUCAGAAAUAGUGCCACUCAGUGCUUCUGAGUUCCAUCCUGAGCCAUUGUCUCUGUGACUUUAAAACAUGGGAGUCUGCCAGUUGCUAGUCAGCUUCACUGAUCAAUGCUGAUACAAAAAUAUCUACCUGGAUAAGCCACUACUUUUGAUACCUUUUGUGUGGACCAGAUGGGCUUUGAAAUUGUUGAGGUUUGCUGUAUACCCAAAGGCUAUAAUUUCAGUAGGCAUCUUGAAACUUACUAGAAGGAUUAGUUCACAUUAAUAUCUAGAUACAAUCACUUGUUAGCCAUUUUUGCUAUUAAUUCUUAUGAUAGCACUGGGCAGUACAUUUCACUUUAAUAUAAAAUUUCCAAGGAGAGAGCUUAAGAGUUAAAAUUCUACAAUAUGAUGGUCUGCCUCAAUUUUUAAUACCUUAAUUUUUCAUCUCUCUUGGUGGGGUAGGGGACUUCUCAAUCCAUUGCUGCUCAGUUGAUUAAAUCUUCAGAUGUCUGAAUCCUAGACAUUUGAUCCCUUGGGUGCAGUAUGACACUGUCAGUAUAUUUUGCUUGCCCAAUUUUGUUGAAAAUCCAUCAGGUUACCUCCCCCCCCCAAAAAAAAAAUUGAGUUUUUUUUCUAAUUGGUAUCACUUUUCUGGAUCUCUUCUUUAUAAUUGUCUAUUAUAUUGCAAGAUGUUACUUUACAAACAGUAACACCAACAAAGUAACAUUACAGAGCUGCCUUUUUUCUUGUAAGAGUCCUUCCUCUUAAAGCAGAAUAGCCUUUUGAAGGGUCUUUAAAAUGCUCACUCAGCUAUGAAGCAUGAUUUGAUUUUUUGUUGUUGUUAUAAGGAUCCAGAAUAAGCAAUUUAUAGGUGUGUUACAAAAUAAGACAUUGUUAGCUGCUGGGGCAUUAAGUUGUUAGGAGUAUAUAAUUAUGGCUUCCUUUUUACUCAGCAUUUCUGAAACCUGUCAUAGCAACUUAUUGAGCUUUGAUCUCAGUGAGAUGAAUUCAGUAGGCUAUUUGAGUGGCACUUGCUGUAUUCAGGGACUCAUUGUGACUGAUGAUAAAUCAUUCUGACUUAAGGCAGUGCAACAAAUAAUCAGUGGUGCCUAAAAUAACUAUUGUAGUUGUGUAUGGUGUCUUCCUUGGUUGUGCUGGCGCUCUAUAUUCCCUAGCUGCUUCCUCUUGCUUACUUGCUCUCUUUCUGUCUAGCAGCUUCUCCAAAUGAAUCUGCACGCACACUGCACAGGGAUUUGGGAAUUUUAUUUAUUUAUGAAUUGACUUCAACAUGCGUCAAGGCCACAGGAGCUGGGUUAAACCGACCAGCCCAAUUAAGCUUUAGGCCAACUUCAAGUAUAUCCCUACAUAUGCUAUUCCAAUCUAAUGACAACCUAAUGACAACCACAGUUGUCUUACCAGCCGAAGCUGAUAAAAAUGUACUUCUACUCACGGGUGACAGUUGUGGCACUAGUGAAAGAGCUAGAACUAGGAACACUCCAAAGCAUGCACUUGCUCCUUCAGGGAAACGUGACCCAAUCCACAGCAGGAACUUACCCACUCCUGGGGCUCAGGAACCACUCUCCCAUGGAGCCUCCAUCUUGCCAGGAUUUGGACUUAGUUCUCAUCUAGCCCACCAUUGCAUCCAAGGCCUGCUCAGCCAUUCUCAGUUCAGGUGCUACGGAGAAAUAGUUUGGUAUCAUCAGUAUACUGGUGACACCUCGAUCCUAAUGACUGCUCCCAGAAGCUUCAUAGAGACAUUAAAUAUCAUUGGAGACAAUGCCCUGCAGCAUCCCAUAGAUCAAGAACAAGGGGGUGAGAAGAAUUCAUCUAAUGGCAUCUUCUGGAACUGUGCCAGGAGAUUAGAUCGGGACCAUUGCCAAACAGUUCCCUGAUACCCAUCUCCCAUAAAUGCUAGGCUUAAUAAUGUCAUAAGCUGCUGGGGGAUUGAACAUUUGCAGCCGAGUCAUGGCUUCCCUGUCCUCUUGAUUAGGGUAAUUAAUGAAGUCUUCCAAAACUGAUUAAGUCCCAAACCUGGGCUUGAAUCCAGAUUAGAAUGGGUUUAGAUAAUCUGUUUUCUCCAAGAAUUCUGCAGUUGCACUGCUACAACUCUCUCAAGUGCCUUGGCAAAAAAGCGGGCGUUUGCAACUGAACAGUAGUUGCUGAAUACCAUUCAGGCCAGGUUGGUUUUUUUCUAGAGUGGCCAUACUAUGAUCUAUGCAGGAUUGCCAUCUUUUGCCACUAGAAAAUUCCCCAGAGUGAUCAUAUCCUCUAACUGGCAUAUGUAGUAUUUUGUGCAUAUGAAUUAACUUGUAGUAUCUGGCUUGCCACACUGCUUUUCAUUAUUGGUGCCAAUUGCUUGCAUGCAUUCAUAGUUUCUGUUAGUGGCACAUUUGAUCAUAUCACCUGUGAGGCCACACCACUGGCUUUUUCCUCCCCAUUAAUGCACAGGAAUUUCCCCAUUCGUAUAGUAUAGUACUGUAUAGUACUGUACAGUGGUACCUCGGGUUACAUACACUUCAGGUUACAUACGCUUCAGGUUACAGACUCCGCUAACCCAGAAAUAGUACCUCGGGUUAAGAACUUUGCUUCAGGAUGAGAAUAGAAAUCAUGCUCCGGCAGUGCGGCAGCAGCAGGAGGCCCCAUUAGCUAAAGUGGUGCUUCAGGUUAAGAACAGUUUCAGAUUAAGAACAGACUCCGGAACGAAUUACCGUAAGUACUUAACCCGAGGUACCACUGUAUAGUAUAGUACUGGAGGGUGUGUAAACUAAAUUUCCCAGGAUCAUUCCAUCCCAUUGAGAAUAUGAUGCAUGAUCCUAUAGAUGUCUGUUUACACAGAAGUAACAGCCAUUAAUUUCAUUCAGGCUUACUUUAGUGUACAUAGGAUUGUAGCAUUGGUUUUAUAGGUCUUAUUUUCUAGUAAAUGGAUGUUGGAUUGCCACCUGGAUUCACCUAAUAUUCUCUGGAUUGUGUUCCAUUUUUAAAUUAUGUUUAUUUAAAGAACAGGAUUAUGAGUACCUGUCUCUUAAGGUCCAAACUAGACAUGACAAGAGGUGUCUUAUCUAGCUUGGCAGUAAGCUCCUAAUGUAGGUGCAACAGUCUGUUCCUAACCACUUUUGCUCAACACUAUGCCCCUUUGUAAUAAACUAGACUUAAUUUCAAGUACGGUAAAUACAUUUAGGAUUGCAGCCUAAGGCUCUGAUUGUCCCUCCCACAAACUUUCUAGAUACUGUGUUACUUUGCUACAAGUUCCACCAUAUACAAGUUUGAAUAUUGGGUUAAUAGGUUCUCACUGUCAUAUUCCCUGUAUAUGUUUCUGAGCUUGUGAAUGUUCUUCAGAGUAGUGUUGAACAGAAAAAGCUUGUUGUCUUCUAUUUUACCUGAUGGCCCACAAUCUGAUUAUGUCUGUAAAGUACUCUUCUGUAAAAAAAUAAAUAAAUGCCUUUCUAGGAGUUUAAGGCAGGAAAUGAGCAGACCUUGUAGAAUUACCAUAUUUUUUGCUCUAUAUGACUCACUUUUUCCCUCCUAAAAAGUAAGGGGAAAUGUGUGUGCGUCUUAUGGAGCGAAUGCAGGCUGCGCAGCUAUCACAGAAGCCAGAACAGCAAGAGGGAUUGCUGCUUUCACUGUGCAGUGAUCCCUCUUGCUGUUCUGGCUUCUGAGAUUCAGAAUAUAUUUUUUCUUGUUUUCCUCCUCCAAAAACUAGGUGCAUCUUGUGGUCUGGUGCGUCUUAUAGAGCGAAAAAUACGGUACCUAUUACACACAAACACACGCCCACCGCCCACUACUUGAGAUCUACCAGCUGAGGCCAGGUGCAAAAGUGGCUUGUGAGGGACAGACAUCCAUUUAAAAUUAAGGAAGUGGUGCCUCUGAGUAUAUGUUUGGCCAAAGUUUUGUUUUUAGUACCAGAACUGACCACACAGCAAUCCACUCCUAGUUGUCCCUCAAUCUUUUUUCUUUUUCAGCAACUUAACGUGUGGGAUGGGGAGCCCCUUUAUUACUGUUUGACUUAUUUCUAGACCACUCUUCUGCCUACUUAGAGAAUUAUGUAACAUUAGUUCGUGGCUGGAAGCUCCAGCAACUUUUUUAAAAUCUUGGGCAAGUUAAACUUCAGAAUCAUGCAGCUUCAAGUGUUCAAACCAAAUACAAUACUAAUUCAUUCCAGGAUGAACAGUACCUAUCAGUGUUAUAGAAAGUCUGUCAAAUAACAAAUAGAGUUAUUUGUCUCUGUAAUCCUUCUAGUGACUGUCUUUUGGUUUUGCAUAAUUCUGCUUCUCCGCAGAAUUCUGCUUCUCUAUUCUUCCUUCCUUUUUUUCAGGACUUGGAGGGAACAAUAAAUUAAUAAUGGUCAAUGGUGUGGGCUUCUUAGAAAAUUUGAAGUGCAAAAACUUCAAACAUGAGAAAUAGUGACGAUGUCCUUUUAUGUUCUGUCUUCUGUUGCUGUCCAAGUCUGGCAUGAAGAAACAUUCUGCACGCCUGAGCUGCCUUGGUCUGUUUAAUGUGAAGGAGUAAAAGUGGAUUGUGCAAAUGCACUUUUCCUUUCCUGUCUGCCAGGGUACAUAUAUACAAGAUGCACAGGCUGAUUCCUUGUACUGAUAAUCAGGAUUGCUUGUAUUUUCUGCAUCCAGUCCAGCUCUGGUUACAAAAACUAACAAAACAAGAGCAUUAUAAAGCACCACAAUAUCAAGGAGCAGCAUAAAAGUAUCUAGCAGAAUUAAGAACCAACACUAGGCAGUAGAAACAUUUUUUUAAAAAAAUUAUAAAAAUUUGGCAAUAUAAGUAUUAAGGGACAUGCCAAGUGAAGCAGGAAGAGCUUUCCACAGUUGAGAUGUCACCACUUAUUAAUCUCUUUCUCAUGUAGCCCACCAUGCCUCAGAUAUGGGGGCCAUGGGCAUAGCCAUAAUUUUUUUGGUGGGGCAGGCCUUUUGUUGGGGGGGCAGAACCUCAGUUUACUAUGUAUUUUUAUUGAAUUUUAUUAAUUUGGGGAGGGACAGCUGCCCCCCCGGCUACGCCUAUGAUGGGGGCACCCAAAGAAGGGUUCUUGUUGAAGAUCUCUCUCUGUGUAGCCCCUAAGGUAUAAUAAUAACAAUAAUAUAUUAUUUGUACCCCACCUAUCUGGCUGGGUUUCCCCAGCCACUCUGGGCGGCUUCCAACAAAGAUUAAAAAUACAUUAACAUGUCACACAUUAAAAACUUCCCUAAACAGGGCUGUCUUCUAAAUGUCAGAUAGUUGUUUAUAUCUUUGACAUCCGAUGGGAGAGUGUUCCGCAGGGCGGGUGCCACUACCGAGAAGGCCCUCUGCCUGGUUCCCUGAAGCUUUGCUUCUCGCAGUGAGGGAACCGCCAGAAUGCCCGCUGUGCUGGACCUCAGUGUCUGGGCAGAAUGAUGGGGGUGGAGACGCUCCUUCAGGUAUCCCGAUCCCAGGCUGUGAAGUGAGUUAAAUGGCAAAUCCAUUACUUUUAAUUGAGUCCACCACACUACAAUAAACAAUAAGCUAACCUGGAGAAUGCCAGGAUAGAUCACUGAGCCAUUGUGCUUAAUUGUUUACUAUUAUGCUUAGUUCUGGGUUUGCUGGUCAUAGGAGGGAUGAGAUGCUAUAUAAAGUACUGAAGCACUACCCCCAGGCACUAGAAAUCUUUUAGCACCACUCUACCUUUUUGUGAGCUCCCGUUCCUCGGUCCCUGCUCCUGCCAACCUAGCAGUUCGAAAGCACGUCAAAACUGCAAGUAGAUAAAUAGGUACCGCUCUGGCAGGAAGGUAAACAGCAUUUCUGUGCGUUGCUCUGGUUCACCGGAAGCGGCUUAGUCAUGCUAGCCACAUGACCUGGAAGCUGUACACCAGCUCCCUCGGCCAAUAAAGCGAGAUGAGCGCCGCAACCCCAGAGUCGGUCACGACUGGACCUAAUGGUCAGGGGUCCCUUUAUCUUUACCUUUUGAAAGUUUACAGUAAUUGCUCAUCACUUCACAAGCUCAGCUUAUUUUAUCUGAAUUUUACAUUAUAGAACAGGCAUAGGCAAACUCGGCACUCCAGAUGUUUUGGGACUACAAUUCCCAUAAUCCCUGACCACUGGUCCUAUUAGCUAGGCAUCAUGGGAGUUGUAGUCCCAGAACAUCUGGAGGGCCGAGUGUGCCUGUGCCUGCUACAGAAUUACAGCGUCAAAACAGCCCUACUCACAAUUCUCAAAUAGGCUUGACAUACUACUGUUUAACUAAUGGAUAAAUGUGUAAACAAAUCCUUCUUGAACUGCUAUGUGUUGUUUAAAUCACGUACAGGAGCACUUAAUAAUGCAGAAAGUAGCUCUUUUUUUUUGUAAACCUACUGUCUUGAUUUUCAAAGGUAAAGCAAUGCAGUAACUCCCCCCCUCCCCCAUAACUUACUGAAAAUCUUUUCAGAGGUUAGUCUAUUCCAGCAAAAAAAGUCUCAUGGUACCUUACACUUAGGACAUAUUAAGUUUGCUAGUCUUGAAGGUGUCAUAAUAUGUUCUCUUUCUGAGAUCCAAAUUCAUAACCUGAUAUAUCCAAGCACUGAAAACUGUGAAGAUUUUCACACUGAGUGUCCGGGAGGUGGGUCAGGGCUUUUCUUCCUAAUGUUCUUGACUAUUUUUAUGGUGCAACAAUAGAAUUCUAAUUUUCUUAUUAUUUCUAGAAAGCCGAGAUGAAAAUGGCAAGACCCAGAGAGCUGACAGUCUUAUUGUAAAGAAAAUAAAGAAAAAGAAGAAAAAGAAACACAGAGAAGAUAUGAGGGGGAGGCAUCUGAAAAUGUAUAAUAAAGAAGUGCAGACUGUGUGUGCUGGUCUUACCCGUAUCAACAAAGAGAUUUUGACUCCAGGGGAGAGUGAUAACUUGGAAGAAAACAAGGAAUCUUUUAGGUACCUAAAAGAUGAGCAGCUGUGUCAGUUGAAUUUGGGCAUGCAGGAAUAUAGGAUACCCCAGGGGGUGCAGUCUCCAUUUACUACACACCAGGAGCAUUCUGUUCGCAGCAGCUUCUUAAAAACAGGCACUAAAUUUAGUAACUUUAUUCAUGAAGAGCAUCAGUCAAAUGGAGGAGCUCUGGUUCUUCAUGCCUACAUGGAUGAACUCUCAUUUUUGUCUCCAGUGGAGAUGGAGAGAUUUGCAGAAGAGUUUCUUGCUUUGACAUUCAGUGAAAAUGAGAAAAAUGCAGCAUACUAUGCUCUAGCUAUAGUUCAUGGGGCAGCUGCCUACUUGCCAGACUUCUUGGAUUACUUUGCUUUUAAUUUUCCUAACACUCCAGUGAAAAUGGAAAUCCUUGGCAAGAAGGAUAUUGAAACAACAACCAUUUCAAACUUUCAUGCUCAGGUAAGAGAUGUCAUCCUAAAGACCCAAGAGUAUUGGAAACUAAGCAUAUCAUUCACCCGGAAACUCACAAAGCAGCGUAAGGGCAGAAACGCAAACCAAAAUCUAGACAAUUCUGUCAGCUACUGCCUUCCAACUACCUUUCCUUCAAUAACAAACCUAUAAUUUUGUCUGUAUAUAGGAUGAUAAUCCCUGCAAUUUAAAGCCAUGUAGAUUUUGUGCUAUCUAGGCUGUUUCUGAAUGCCUUUCCACUCCAACUAGUACCAGCCUUUUUGAACCAUAGUUCCCUACUUUCCCAUUUCCAGCCUGUCAUUGAACAAACAUGAGUUAUUAUUAUUAUUGAGAAUAUUUCAAUAAAACAAAAUAUACUGGAAAUUAAAAGUGAAUCAAAAAUAAUAAAAAAGUAAAGGUGGGUGAAUGUAUAUUAUAUCACUAUAUAUUCAAGCAGCUAUAACUCCAUAUAUGCUUGUCUAGUAUAUAGGUAUAUAAAUGUAAUUACUAUCCAUAUAUAUGGUUAUUUAUAACCUAUCUUUUUAAUAAACAUGUUCCAAAUAUCUUUAUACUUGUCCAUACAAAGUUUAUAUCUAUAAGCAAUCCAUAAGUUGCAAGUGUUGCCAUAUCCUUAAUCUGUUGACUAAAAGAGGCCAUAGAUUUAUCCUACCAGUGCAUCAGUCUCAGUCUCUUGGCCCUAGUAAGGGCGAGAGAUGCAGGUGGCACUGUGGUCUAAACCACUGAGCCUCUUGGGCUUGCUGGUCGGAAGGUCGGCAGUUCGAAUCCGCAUGACGGCGGUGAGCUCCUGUUGCUCUGUUCAAAAGCAUACUAGUGCAAGUAGAUAAAUAGGUACUGCUGCGGCGGGAAGGUAAACGGCGUUUCUGUGCAUUCUGGCUUCUGUCACGGUGUUCCGUUGCACCAGAAGUGGUUUAGUCAUGCUGGUGACACGACCUGGAAAGCUGUUUGUGGACAAAUGCUGGUUCCCUCGGCCUGAAGCAAGUUGAGUGCCGCACCCCAUAGUCACCUUUGACUGGACUUGACUGUCCAGGGAUCCUUUACCUUUUUAGUAAGGGCACAAAAAAUCCAUUUCUAUUGUCUACUUGUCAAAUUUCAUAUAGUAGGUACAUAAUUCAAUAGAAUAUUUACCUCUGAAAAUUCUAACCAAUUCUGCACAGUCAUGUUUAUACAAUCCAAUACUUUCUCUGAAAACUUAGUAAGUGACUGACAAUGUGUUUUAAAGAAGCAUUAUGUUUAUUACAUAUCAAACAACAUGCUGGUUUAGACAGUCUUUUUCUAUAUAAACAUAAUGGAGUCCAGUAGAUUGUAAACAUUUUCUGUUGCAUAAGUGAUAAUUUCAGAUCCAUAGACACCUUUACUAAGGAACCUGAAACACUUUCCCACUAUCUAGGUAAUACAGGAACAUCCAAUUCUUUGUUCCACUCAUUUCUUAAAAUCUGUGUUUCGAAUUGAUUCAUUGAUAGCAAAUAUCUAUAAAAAGUAAUCGCAGUCUUUUUAGUUUCAAAGUAUUUGAUCAGUUCUAAUAUUUCUGGUACCUCAGAAGCUGUAAAAGCUGCUGGUCCAAACAAAGUUGUUACCAUGUGUUGCAGCUGCAAAUAUUUCCAUUGGGUUGAUAGAGUUGUCUCUUAAAAGAAUGUGUAAAAUUCAUCUUUCUCAUCUGUCAGUUGGUUCAGAGUCAGUAUGCUCACUUCUGUGCAAUUCUUUCAUAUUACUAUCUUUCUCCCAAUUUUUAAAAUUGGGUUUCCCCACAAAGUCAAUUUAGCCAUGUGAAAAUUGAUCAAUUUUAUUUUUAUUAGACAUUAUAUUCCAUAUUUUUCUAACUGACAUUAAUUGUUUUGAGAGACUCCCUAGCUCUAAUGUACUUUGAUCCUAAUGCUAUAUAUGUAUAUUCUAAAAUUGCCCAAGUCAGAAAAUUAUUAUUAUGGGAGCUGUAGUUCAGCAGCACAUGAAGCGCCACAGGUUAACCAGCUCUAUUAUGACAUUUCAUUGGUUUCAGUAGAAAGUGCAUAUUGAUCUUUUGGCACCGAAACAUACAGGUUUUUAAAGUGCUUUCUAGACUGUCCAAUUGCAGUUGAGACAACAGGUGGUCUGGGGGGACGGACAUGUGUCCCCAAAUUUUCAUGUUCUUUUAGGUGUGCUGGUCUAAAAGUCAUGUGAUAUGGACCUAUUUUGAACUGUCAGAAGGAGGUUUUCAGCUCAACACUUUUUUUUUUUUUACUUUGUAACUCAGUUAAGUAAACUUGUUCAAAUUUCUACAAAUGCAAUUAGGAAAAAGGAACAAUAGGUGCAUUUACUGCAAUUGUUGCUGUGUGUGCAUAUCCAUCCUGUACUGGUCAUUUAUUGUCCACAGCCUUGUUCAGCAUCAUAUUCCAACUUCCAUGUGUUCCUUCCAACAGUUUCUUCCACACUAGUACGUUUCCUGGCUUGGCUUCAAGGUUUCUCUUCCCUUUCUGAAGCUUAGUAUGGUAAUAUAGGACAUAGCCUAAGUCUAUGCCCUCUUAGGCGAGUCUAGAAGGAUGUUUGCCAAGUACAGUGGUACCUCUGGAUGCGAACGGGAUCCAUUCUGGAGCCCCGUUCGCAUCCUGAGCAGAACGCAACCUGCAUCUGCGCGUGGGCGGGUCACAAUUCACCUCUUCUGCACAUGCGUGUGACGUCAUUUUAAGUGUCCGCACAUGCACAAGUGGCAAAACCCAGAAGUAACCUGUUCAGUUACUUCCGGGAUGCCGGGGGACGCAACCUGAAAAGAUUUAAUCCGCAGCUACUUUAACCCAAGGUAUGACUGUAAAGUUUUGUUUGGAGCAUGUAUUGCAGUCAAUAUCUUCUUUGCAAGUUUCUUGUUUUGGUUUUUUUUCAAAUGAAAGCUGAUGUUCAGGACAUUGCUUAAGUGUCUUGGAAUCCCAGAUCAGCCUCAUUCGGUGGUAGGAUUCGUCUACUUGUUUUAAGCUUGCCUUUUGGUUUUGUUGGUUGUACACUGCCUCUGUGACUGUCUUAUAAAGAAUGAUUAAUGAAUAUUUAUUUUAAAAAUGCUACUUGCACUCUGGUAUCAAUAUCAGAAUACAGAACGUUCAGUCUUGAGAUCAAUUGUGAAGGGUACAUAGACGGUUAAAUUAUCCAUAUCGGCAAAACACAUGAUUGUAUGCAGAGGAAAGAUCCAUUCUUUAUUAUUGCCUUUGUUCUGGGAUAAACUUCAGUUAAAAUGUGCAUAUUCCCUUCACAAGAGGUGAAAAAUGUAUGUGCAUUGUAUUUAAACAUUUGAACCCAAGUGCAAAAUAUUACCGUAUUGGCCUGAAUAUAAGCCCCACUUUUCCCCCAAAUUCCAACCACGAAAAGUUAAAGUGCAGCUUAAAUUUGUGACCUUACAAAAACCGGCUUUUACGAUAUCGCUGCUGAAACAGACAUAUGUUAAAACGGAACAGGUGUGAGUGCCUGUGGAAUUUUAAGGGAGCGGCUUAUAUUUGGGUAUUGUCUUUUUUUCUUUUCUCCCCUUGAAUUUUAAAAGUGCGGCUUAUGUCUGGGUGUGGCUCAUAUUCGGGCCAAUACGGUAUAUAAGGCAUCCCUUGCAACUCCAUGAUUCUGUGAUUCUAUAUGCUUCUGAAAGAAAUCCAGUUCAGACUUUAGAGCUGCUUAAAUGCCACUCUGAAGGUGUAAGGGCAUUGAGCUUUCACACAGCUUCUUCCUUCCUUUCCCUUUAACACUAUGCACAGUUAGAACAGCAUACCUUUGGUGUUUACAAUGAACUGUUAAUUUACUCUACAUAAAAAUCUUUGGAAGAUGGUGGCAGAAGAAUCCAUAGUGGGGAAACUUUGCAAUGUGGAGGUGUCUGGAGUGGACCUCCCUUUCUGCUCAUGUGGCGGUGGAGAGGAGACAGCAGGGGAAUUCCACAAUAGCCUGUACACCGAGAUGCAUAGGAUUGCUCCCAAAGUAGCUUAAAUGUUUAUUUACUGCUAUGCUUCAUCAACCUUGUCUCUUAGGAUGUCAAUUGGGUAGUUAUCUUUCUCCACCACAGGUAAAUUUAAUAAAGCCACUUUUUAGUAUUUGGAUACACAAUUACUAAUAAUAAUAAUAAUAAAAAUGUUUCCUUGACAAGAGAUGACUAUAGGAAAUUAUUUGCUUAUAUGUCUUACACUAGUUUUCCACUUAGAAUCCUUUUUGUUACAGCAUUUUGGGUGAAAUGCAAAAACUUGGAUGAAUAGAUGUUUCAACUUUUGUUUCCUUUUCGGUAUUGUUCAGGGUGGUAUAAUGUCAGUUCAGGGCACCUGCCUAAUCAACUUGUUUUGAUACCUACCAGGGGAAUUUUUUCUUCAGUUCUUCUCCAUUUGAUUGUCACCUUUAGUUCAAAUUGUUUGCAUUCUUUAAGACUGUCCACGGUUCUUCAGUUUUCUCUAGAUGUUUUGGUGGUUCCCUCAUGCAGGGUGGUAAUGGCUCGUCCCUGCAGAUGAAUGCUGUAUGAUCUAUGCUCAGAAGGGCCCAACCUGUAACCAAUUGCCUACAAAAAGAAGAAAUUCACUCAUACAUCCAAGUGUUUGUUUCUUCACUAUAUUCAGUCAAUUCCAGUACUCAUUUAGACUUCACAAUAACAUAGUACACUAUAUUAAGUAUAUGCAAUGGUAUGGAGUAAAAACACAUUUUUGCUUUAUUUGUACAGGUCAGUCGAACAUACUGCUGUGGAACCUACAGAGCAGGUCCGAUGAGGCAGAUCAGUCUUGUUGGAGCAGUAGAUGAAGAAGUUGGAGACUAUUUCCCAGAAUUUCUUGAUAUGUUGGAAGAAUCUCCAUUUCUUCGUGUAAGAAUUAACUUUAUUGCAUAUGAGAACCUGUAACAUAUUAUUAAUCACAGAAUAGUUAAGCAUAAUAAUGAAUACAUGAGUCUGCCUACUACAGGACCUGGGAACUUUCCUCAGCCUGAGGCAUUCCAUAAUGGGGCUUCUUUUGUGGGGAGGGGGUGCACAUGACAGUGGUGGACAUGGCCGGGGGUGAAAGGAUGUGGUUCCUAUCUUUUGUACAGUAGGCUUCAUUCCAUGUAUCAAAAUUCAGAGUUGUUUUACAAAUCCAACUAAGCAAGAGAUGUUACCACGGCCCAAUGACACAUUCUAACCAGGCAAGAUCAUUUGAGGAGGACUCAAAGCAGAGCUGGUGAAGGUGUGUCUUGCAUUCGGCCCCCACGCCUGAGGUUUCCCACUCCACCCCACUGUUUUCACAUGACUGAGUGGAAUAUAUAUGACGUAUUUUGUGUAUAUAUGAUUAUAUCCAUGUAGUAUAAUCCUGGUUUUAUAAACACAUCUCUCUCUCUCUCUCUCUCUGUGUGUGUAGGUUUCCUUUCAAUAAGGAAGCUGUGCCUCUGUUCAGUAGCAUUCUGUCUUGCUGACCACCUGAUUUGGAUUUCUUUUGCUUUAUACAGAUGACUUUACCUUGGGGUACUCUUUCUAGCCUCAGACUUCAAUGCAGGUCACAAAGUGAUGAUGGCCCCAUAAUGUGGGUAAGACCAGGAGAACAGAUGAUCCCAACAGCUGAUAUGCCAAAGUCACCAUUCAAACGGCGGAGGUAAUACUCCUUAAAUUUAUUUUACAGGAAAGUUUUAAUGCUUGCCGUAGAGUUGAGUUCACAAAACUCUUUACUGAUUCUGAUCUCUCAGCUGAUCAUAUAAUUAGUACCAGCUUUUCCCAUACUGAAAUUCAACUAUGCAUUGCAGAACUGUAGUCAUGUUCUUUUCUCUUAGUCACCUCAGUGCCAUGUAUUCUUAACUCCUUCAGGCAGGGACUUGCCUCUGUUUGGUAAAAUGCCAUGUAUACUGAUGGUGCCAUUGUUUUGAAGUUCAAACUAUACGUUGCAGAGUAUGUGGAGCUUUUAAAAACCUUUUCUUCCUCCAGGAAAUGGUUAGCAGUAUAUUCCAGCUUAAGCACCUAACAAAUUAUGACAUGUAAUGUCCCUGAAUAGCAAUACAGCUGGACACACCAGCAUAAUAUUUGUGUAGAGGUAGAGCAUUACAAUUCUAUAUCUUAUUAAAUGGUUGACUUUUUAAAGUGCCACCAUAUUAAUGACUUUCUAAGCUUCUUUGGGUACUGUUUAAUUGAAAUAUUAUUAGAGGCAUUUGGCUAUGUUCACUGACCCCUGACUUUGCUGCACUUAAGGGUGAAGUUUGAUUAGGGCUUGUAAGUGUCUUCACUUGAACACAUUUUAGAAGUCUUCCUGUAAUCAGGAUACCAUUUUAUAUUUGAGUUAUUAAAAUCUUGAAGUGCUAUAGAGGUUAUGCAGAGCCCUUGAUUUAAAAAACAUCAGUGAGAUUUGUUGCUAUCAUUUGUUUUCAGUCUAGGAAAAACUGUAAAACUGUAGCUAAAUCUCUGAAUAUUACAUGACUGCCUCUAUAGUAGAGCUGGGGAAGCUUUUUUUGUUUUAAGAUGUCAACAUCCCCACAGCAUAGUUCUAACAGCCUUCUUUCUCUUCUGCCCACUUCAUAGAUCAAUGAAUGAAAUAAAGAACCUCCAGUAUCUACCUCGGACCAGUGAACCCCGUGAAGUUCUCUUUGAAGACAGAACAAGAGCCCAUGCUGAUCAUGUUGGGCAAGGAUUUGACUGGCAGAGUACAGCUGCUGUUGGAGUGUUGAAAGCUGUACAGUUUGGUGAAUGGUAAGUGUGGUGUAGCAAGUCAGAAUAUGCUUGGAAUUCUUUGAGCAGAUCAUUCGGAAAGCUGUCUAGUAUGCUGCACUAGAAUAUUCAGGAAAACAGAACAUUUAAAAACCAACAAACCAAUAUUUCUCAGGAAUAUUUCAUUUGUACUAAGCAAAUUGUUAUAGACCAGGGGCUCUCCAGUCUUGUCAUAAUAAACUACCCUGAGUUAAACUCUGAACCACCAUAGAAACAAAGUGAAACUGAGUUUUUGUUUUCUGUGGACCUCUGGGGAAAGUGGAGAAUUCCCAGUCUACCCAGAGCCCUUCUGAUCAUAGCUUAGUUCGUUAUAGAAUUAGGGGGAUUUGGGAGUGGGUCCCUGACCCGGUCAUACAUUUAGAUGGAGCAGGUCUAAAUCACUGAGCCUUGCCGAUCGGAAGGUUGGUGGUUUGAAUCCAUGCAAUUGGGUGAGCUCCCGUUGCUCUUUCCCAGCUUCUGCCAACCUAGCAAUUCAAAAGCAUACCAGUGCAAGUAGAUAAAUAGGUACCGCUGUGGCAGGAAAUUAAAUGGCAUUUCCGUGUGCUCUGGCACUCAUUACGGUGUCCCGUUGCACCAGAAGUGGUUUAGUCAUGCUGACCGCAUGACCCAGAAAGCUGUCUGUGGACAAACGCUGGUUCCCUUGGCCUGAAGUGAGAUGAGUGCCACACCCCAUAGUCACCUUUGAUUGAAUUUAACAUCCAGGGGUCCUUUACUUUACCUUUACCAUACAUUUAGAAUACAAAUGGGCCCCAUGUAUAAUUCUCAAGAUGUCUAGUAGUACAUUCUCACUGGAAAAGUCUUCAUUUUUCUAGGAGUGACCAGCCUCGUAUAACCAAAGAUGUAGUUUGUUUUCAUGCUGAGGAUUUCACAGAUGUAGUUCAGAGGCUUCAGUUGGAUCUACAUGAACCUCCAGUGUCGCAGGUAGUCAGUUCAUUUGUUGAAAUGUAUACUUUGCAUGUUGCUUCAAAGCAUGAUGUUAGUUGCCUAUUCCCCCUUACUGCUGGUAUUUUCACUAUGAAAUCACAUUUCCAGAAUAUAGCAUACAGAUUUGAUAAACAAACAUUCCCUUUUUUAACCAGAUAAUGUUACGUUUUGACAAACAUUUAAUUGGAUUGCAAGUGGAAGCACCUUAGAUUGUAGUUCAUUCCCUGCCACAAGCAGGAUCAUACAAUUACCAGAGCCACAUUGACCAGAGUGUGUUGAACAGUAUUGGGGACAUUGCCUCAACAGUGCCUCAUACCAGUGCUUCAUAGAAAUACCUUACCAUUACAUGCGGCCUUUCUUUCCACAUGAAAUUCCCACAUAUGAAAUGCAUAUUCAGGCAUUUGUUCCAAAAUUUCUGUUCCACAACACUGGCCAAACCUGCACUAUCAUCUGGAUUUUGCAGAAGUGAUGAUACUGGAUUCCUUUCCCUUAAGUGCAGUUUAAACUUCUGUUAAAGGUUCUACCCUGUUAGUGGACAGACAUACUUUGUGUGUGUGUGUCCAUGGUUCCUGCAGGUUUUCACUGACUGUAAUGAGACAUUGUGGGAAUAGAACUAUAUGAAUUUGUCCAAGCCUUAAGACUGGUAUCAGAGGUCUUGCACUAGCAAAAAUGCAAUUGGUGGUUACUAGGGGCAGGGUCUUCUCACUCGUGGCACCAUAGUUGUCAUAACUCACGCAGGAGAGAAUUCUCCAAGUUCACUCUCUCCCCCACUUUUAUAUUUUGAAUACUUUAAAAUUACCUAAGGUAUCUUAAAAUGGUUUUAAUAUUGUUGCAUUUUUAUAAUUUAAUUUUUUCUGUAUGUGUGUUCUCUUCAAAGUAAAGCACUUUGAAAAAUAAUUUUGAAAAGUGGGGUUCAGUUUUUAAAUAGUGUUGAGAACAGAAAACCCUUGAGCUAAUCAAUAAGUUGUUUUGAUCAGUCAAGUAAGAUUAUUUGUGGGAAGUUUGCAUUUCCUUUUGUUUCACAGCUUCCCUGUGACAGAAGGGCUGAAGCUCUGGUGUGGCUGUCACAAACUUAUGAGUUGGAAGUUUUAACAGUUCACUAUUUGCUUGAACCUAGUAUAAAGUAUAGAUAUAUUAGCCAUGAUUAAAUGCUGCAUGUUUCUGAGUAUCUUUUCUCUGACAGUCAUGGGGAUUUCACUGUUUGCUUUUGCUACCUGAAUAUGUAAGCACAUCUUUUAAGUUGCACCAAAUGUUGUACUUGGCUCAUUAGUUUAGCAGCAGCAGCUCCAAUUCCAGACUGUUGGUAUUUGUGCCAUUUUGAGACUUUCCCUUUUUAUUGUGGCUAAUAAAUAACUAAAGGCUGGAGGGCAGAAUAUGUGCACUGCACACUAAAUGCCCACUUUGGGCCUGGCAUCUGGUUUACCUCUAACUUCUUUUCUCCUUCAGUGUGUUCAAUGGGUCGAUGAAGCUAAGCUAAACCAAAUGAGGCGAGAAGGGAUUCGCUAUGCUAGAAUCCAGCUAUGUGACAAUGACAUCUACUUCAUCCCUAGAAAUGUCAUUCAUCAGUUCAAGACGGUGUCAGCUGUCUGCAGCUUAGCUUGGCAUAUAAGACUCAAACAAUACCAUCCUUCAGGGGAGAAUUCUCAAAGUACAGAAAGCAUUUCAAAUAUGGACACUAGCAUCUGUAAUGAGACUAAAUCAGAAGGUGAAGAUCAAUGUGUGCUUGUGAAAAAGGAGUCUGAAGAAGUAGGAACAGAAGUACAGACAGCAACAGUGGCGUCACCAUCAUUGUUUUCAUCUCUGUCGUGACUUGUUCUGCAACAAGAUAAGCUGGCUCAGCCCCUUCCAGUUUUUAAACUAGAAUCCGAUCAGCAACACAAGCCACAGGAUGGUCAUAUGUGCUCUCUUGUGUGAUAUGUACAUAAUCAUAUACAUUUUUAAACGGCUUUUUAAAAUUUUGAUGUGAAGUUAUAGUUUUAUAACUGGGUUAUGUUUUAUUGGAUAAAUCUUGCCUAUAAUUCUAUAAAGAAAGGUGACAUUCCAAAAUGUCAAGCAUAUCUUUUUUACACAGAUUAUGCAAAGUUAGAGUUGUAUUUUACUUCCUUAGUACAGCAUGUGGUAGUGGACUACAUUUUUCUUUGUCAUUCAACAUCUCCACAAAUGUUUUCCCUCUCCUUCAGGAACAUUAAGUAUUUAACAUUUGGUAAAUCUGAUAUCCCUCCGUCUAUUUUAUCUUUAGCUUUCAGCAUAAAAGUGUUGGUUUCUGUGGAGGAGUCACAAAGUGACUCCCAUUUGAUUAGUGGCUUGAAUGAAAGAGAAAGCACAGCACUUUUAAUGAUCAAUUACAUUUGUCAGAGAGAGACUUUGAAAGCCUAGAGAAAGCUCAAAUUACCAGCAGUGUAGAUUAAUCCUAAUUGCUUAUCAGCACCUUCACAAAGAAGCUGAUAUCUGAGAUUAGUUGCAGAGUGUGAUCUUGUUGAAUUGUAAUACCUGACGUAACACUUCCCAUACCUCUGCUUUUAAUGUUUGUGGGAAUAUUACUUUUUAUAUCUUCCCUGACUGCAAAAUGUAAUACUAGUGUCAAAUGAAAGUAACUGUUGGCAUCUCCCUGAGGAAAUUGCCAUCUUAGAGCACUUUAAGGCUUUACAAUAUUCUAACCAACUUGGUGGCUUGUUCAAUUCACAGCAAGCACCUGAGGUGGAAACCAUAUGUUCCUUUUCAUUGAUGCACUUAAUCCAGUAGAGUAGGCUUCACAGUAUAAAUUGGUUGCCUUUAUUCUCAAGAAUUCUAUAUUGCUGUUUCACAGGAAAUCUCAUGUGUACUGCUAUUUCCACAUGUAACUCUUGGGUACCCUAGUGCUAUGUUGAAAGGUUAAAUGACACUCACUAGUAUGUUCAGUAUCGUUAGCAGGAUUGUUUAGCACUCAUACAAUAUUUCCCAAUGUUAACUAUAGUCAACUUUCGUUCAUUAUUUGUAUGCUGAAUUACAUUUAUUUCUGGUACUAGAAGAGAUGGGCCCUUCACAUGUAGGAUAUAACCUUUGCUAAGGUGUAAUCAUAGUUGUUAAUAAGCAACUCCGUACUUGUGGGGUAGGAGAGAGAUCUGCAGCACUACAUAAAUGCAAGUAAGAAAGCAGCUGUGUUUAUUUCAACACAUCUUUAUCAAUCUUUUUGAAAAGAACUGCAAAUAUUAAUCUGUUUCUAAUAGCAAUUACUUUGUGCAAUAUUAUUUUGUGUAGAUUAUAUGCAUAUUAGUACCUCUGCACAGAGGACAGUUUUAAACCAAUAGCAAAAUGAUCAGAAAAUAUUGCAGUGAUUUAGAUAGAAUUUGUAUUACUCCUGAUAUAUACAUGUAUAUGUAUUGUCUUCGGUGCAGACUGAAGACAAAUAGAAAAUAUUUCAACUUAAAAUGAAUUUUCAGAUUGGAGUAGUGAUGAAUUGUUAAGUAAUCUGUGUAAAUAAGGUGUUAGGAUGAAAACCUUUUUACAAAGGGUAAUUUUUUUAAUGCAGGAGUGUAGCUUUUAACAAAAUUCUAGAUUGACCAAUACUGGUUCAGAUGAUAACCCCUGUGUACUCUGGCUUUUUCCACUUUUUUACUCUUGUCCAGAAGAAUUUUCAUAAGCUUUAAUAGGCUCUGCAAAGUAAAAUUCUUCACAGGCAAUACAAGUUUCAGUGCAUGAUUUAUAUUUGACCAAGUCCAUCUUUAUUUUUGCAUUUCUCUUCCAUCCAUUUUACUAGUCUUCCAAGCACUGAUUUCCCUUUACCCAUGCAUUGCACAUAGCUAUAUCAACAAAUAUAACACUGGUCUUUACAACUUAGCAUGAAAACAGCACUGUGUAUAAUCACUCAGGAACUGGAAUUAAAAAAAAAAAGUUCUUACAGUUGAAGGGAAAACUGUUAUCUCUUUGUCCCAAAAUAAAAUUUUGACAGAAUUUAAAUGAACAAAUUCUAACAAUGUGUACUCACAGAAACUCCAUUCCCAUGUAACAAAAAAUAAUUAAUACAUGGACAAACUUCUGUGACCCUUUCUAAGCUUCUAGAUUGUAUUCUGCCCUCUAUGCAGCCAGGAGAAUUUCUGCAAAGGUUGCUUUUUGUUUUUAAAAAAUAUGAGUUUAGCAUCCUAUGCUAACCAGGAAUUCCAACAUACAGCCAUGCUUAGUUGUUGAACAGCGGUAGCUGGUUCACACAUGCUGAUAUAAGAGGAAAGUGAAACUAAAUGCCAGUGAAGGCUUUCUCCUGGACAUCAGGGAGGUUAAAGUGCAUGAGUCUAACUUCUGCGUAGGCUUUUUCCAGUACAUGCACUUUGUGCAUUAUGCACUUAUAAGCAUUAUGUGUGAAAGUGGCUUAAGUGGUAGUUUAGGACCAGACAGAAUUAAAAUGGAAACGUAAGGUGGAAUUCAAUGUCACAUACACUAUUGCAAAUGUUCUGUCUGAGCAAGCUAUUUAGCUUGUCAGAUAGAAUGACUCCCCUUAUCUUCCCCAUGUCCUGUUCUGGGGGUAUUCCAGAUCUCUGAGCCAAAUUAGGUGGGCAUGGGAGGGAAGUCCUGUUGCGCAAGCAGAAGUCUGAUGAGACUUGUCAGGUGAAUCCCACCUAGAGUAGACCCAUUAAAAUUAAUGGGGUUAACUUAGUCAUGUUCAUGAAUUUCAGGGGGUCUACUCUGAGUAAAAGUUAGUUCAAUACCAUUCAUAAAAAGUUUUUUGUACACAUUAAAUUAUAGCAGUGGGCAUAAAGUACAAAUGGAUUUACACCCUGCAAAAGGAGUAUGGAUCAAUCUUUCAUGGCCUCUUAUGUGUCUCUGCACCCAAUGGAGAUGGAGAAUCUUGGAGUGAUGUUCUGUGCUUUUCCAGUUCAGUAUGUUAGUGUUGAAUUAUGCUGUGUUGUAUGUAGUAGCAUUUUGAAUAUAUUUCAGACAUUUAAAGAUAAUUCUUUCUGUCAUGUUCACUUAGCUUAAUUUCAUUUUAAGUAUAUUGGUUUGGAUUGAGAAUUAAUGCUCCACUGGGUUCUUCUUGUGCUGGAGGAAGCAGGGUAGAGGGGGGCAGGGAAGUGAUUUACACCCAAUGCCAUCUUCCUACUGUAGCCCCCUGAAAAUUUUCUCUGGAAGACAGGGAGACCCUCUGGAACAAUGUGGGAGGUGGUGCAGGAAAAAAUCCCCUUCUUCCUCCAGUGCUCUUUAUUCUAGUUUCCUUCAGCUGUCAGAGGAACAAGUCUGGAUCCGACCCAUUAUCUUUUACAAAAAUACUUUUCAAAAUGGUUCAGAAGCACAAAUUGUCAUUACUUCUAAAUUCUAGGGUCAAGUACCAAAGAGUUCUGUUCACACACUGAGACUUUGUUGAUUUCGCUGCUGAAGCUUUGGACUGUAUUCUAGACAGUCUCCAAUUUCUGGGGGAAUGAGAGGCUGCAGUGGGAGAACAGGCUGCUCCACACAGUGCAUGUAUGGCCCUCAGGAUCUCUGCCUUGGUCUCCUUUUUUUAAAUAAAGAGACAUGCCAUGUAGGAUUAGCAUGGUGAUAAAUUACCUGAUUUGGGCAAAGGAAGGCAAGUUUAAACAUUUGCAAUAAAAAUAAUGACUACUACUACGAACCUGAAGAAUAGGAGUGACAGAUGACUGGGUUCAUAUUAUCCAAAUAACUGUUUAUUUGGUGAACAUAUACCCUUUAGCUCUCAGAGAAAUAAGGUAUUUUUAGAAGUAAACUUGCAGGAAGAUACUGGGAAGUAACAUCUUGCAUUGUUCAGAAAUUUCUCAUGCCAACUUAAUUGAUUAUUGAAUGCCAAGAUGUGCAAAUAAAAUUCGCUUAACAAGAAAUGCAAUGUUAUAAACUAUAGAGCUAUGUUUUACUUGGAGUAGGCCCACUGAAAUUAAUGAACAUAACAGUAAUUUCUAAGGUCUACUCUUGAGUAAAACUUAGUUACAAAGUGGAAAAGGAGUUUAAAGGCAGAAUUAUCUUUAGAUUAAUUUAUUAGGUAAUUUUCCAGCUGGGAAGACUUUACUCUGUCCAAUUUCUAUAACUGAAAACCAGUUAUUCUUUGAUAUAUAUUGUCUCAAAACUGUAAAGAAUCUGCUAGCUACUAGCAGUUUCACAAAUACGGUUCUUGUCUAAAGUUUCUGAAUCUCUCCAUGUUGAAUAAAUAUCCCACUGUUCCUUAAGGACCAAAGAACAACAUUAAUUUGUGUUCAGUGAAUGGUUGUUUUGGGCCACUGAUCCUUUUAGCAAAGCAGCAAAAGUAAGAUUAAGAAAUAAGUGGAAUAGGCAUUUCACACCCCACCCCAAAUAUUUAUGAGCAAAUAUCUAUUUUGUAAAUAACUGACAUGUUCUCUUCCAUGAAGAUGGAACAUGUGCAGGGUUCUUUAUAUUUAAGGGACACUUACAUUUAUCACACAGAUUUUCCCAAACAGUAAAAGGGCUCUUGUUUUGUUGGUAGUUUUCCGACAUGUGAGGAUGUAGCUGCUUAUCAAGAGAUAGGAGAGUUCAUUUAUUGCUAAGAGCCUAUGGAUGGACAUAAAUGUUUUCUCAUGCUGCCAUUCACAUGCUUGACUAUAUUAUGAGCAGUAAGCUCUUUUCACAUGGGGCACAAUCUAGCCAAGGUUAAGCACUUUUAAGUUCCUUUGAUUUUUUUUUUUUUUAAUGGGAGAUAAGCUGGACUUUCCAUUGGAAUCUGUGAAACUAAAUGUGUUUAAUGUUGGCAGGAUUGCACUCUCAUUUCUUUUAUAAAUGCUGAGUAUUUAUAGCCAUAUUGGUUGUGUUUGAAGGUUGCUAUGAGUGGGGUUGCUUCAGUUCCUGAAAGCUUUGUACUGUAGAUAAAUUUUAUGUUGGUCCAAUAAACAACUUUCCAAUAAUGUUAUGGCCUUCCAUUGAUAUACAUAAUAGUUUUAGGACCCAACAGCACAUGUAGUUGAGAAGGGGCUUCUCUUAAUAUAGCACUUUCAAUUCUGUCUAAGCAAAUACUUAUCUUUACAUGUUGUAUAAAAUAGAUUUGUGUAGUGUUUUGUGAUUAAAUUCAGUUUUGAUUGGCAGCCAAGAUAUUUUUCUGUGGUUUUAAUAUAUCUAAGGUCUUUGCAUAUAGAGGAUAUGUACAAUUGUCUGGAAGACUGUUUUCUUCUUUUUCUUUUUUGGCUUUGUGUGGCCUUAGUAUAUUUAUUGACAUUUAGCAAGUGUUUUAAAGAGGUUUUUAUAAUAGUGUAAACUGAUGGGAAAAUUUUAAGCCUCUCUGUGAAUAAUCCUCUAACGCAGUGCAUUUCUUUUAGUAGCUGACUGUACAAGCGUAUCAAACUGUUAAAGUUAUUUCUUUGUAAAACAAACAAAUAGUACAAUGGAAUGCAUAGAUUUUCCCCCUGUAAAGUAUUUUUUUAAUAAACAGGUCUGAUUUGUCCUUAAUGAAAACUGCUGUUUGGCAGAAAGACUGUUAGAAUAUUGGGCAGGGGCAGGGAUGGACUUUGGUAAUCUUUUGUAAUAUGGUGCCUUGUGUGAGCCCAAAAUUUGGUGUCCCCAAAUGAAUCUUCUCAGUUAUGGAUCUGCUCAAUUUUUCUCCCCUUGGCUCAGCGCCCUGCGCAGGGGAACCACCUACACUGCCCUAAAUCUGGUGCUGACAGGGUGGAAUAAACCAUUUUAAAUUAGAACUUAUUACUGGCUGCAAAUUAGUCCUGAACUAGACGGUUCCACUGACAGUCAUAUUGGAAACAAGCAAUAUGGGAGGGUAGGGUAAAUACAGCUGAAUCUUUCUGUGCUGAGAUGUAGGUAUAUUUGAAACAUUCAAUAAUGAGUCUUUUAUAAAUCUGAAGAGCAC